GCUAACAAGAUGGCUGUAUCAUUAUCAUAAACAAAAAGAAAACAUCAAUAGUGAAUAAUAAUUUUGACAUGCUUAUAUGAAAUAUUCACUAUGGUUUUAGGCAGCACUACUUCUACACAAUGUAUAUUACUGUUUAUACAAUUCGUUAUAAUAGUCCAGCAAUCAGAUAGUGCUAGACUAGAUGAGUACAUUCAUGAUUUCCAGACAUUAACAUUUGAUAGUCAAGACCUCCACAAGAAACACGAGAGGGUUCGUAGGUCCACAGAUCAGACUUUACAUCUCCAUUUCCGUGCCUACAACAGAGACUUUUCACUUCAGCUUAAGAAAGAUAAUGAUAUAUUCAGUCCUGAUCAUACCAUGCUAGAGCCUGAUGGCAGGCGGGUACAUGUAGAUACAUCAUUUAUAUAUACUGGAUAUGUGGAGGGUGUUCCCAGAAGUGAUGUUCAUAUGUCCAUCAUUAAUGGCACAGCUCGUGGACAUAUACAUAUACCAGGGGAAACAACUUAUCAUAUAGAAUCAGCUGAGCAGUAUUUUAACAAUCCAAAUUUCCAUGCAGUUAUAUAUCCAGAGACUCACAUGGAUAAGGAUCCAUUCAGGCAUAGAAGAGCAGCAGAUGAUGUAGGGUCGUGUGGGAUGGACAGAGUAAAGGAAUGGAUGGACAAAGUAUCAAAAUCAGCCGUAGAGGAUAUAACUAACAGACAUAAAAGAUCCAGCACAGCUGAGCACUAUGAGAGUGAGUCACCAGGCAACAAGUACUCCUCUCAGGCCAACGGCUACUCACACCCAGAGAGGAAGAAGAAGGCGGCACAGAAGGACAUACAGAACCCUAACAGCACCUGCUUUCUCUACCUGCGCUCUGACCCCAUGAUGUGGAACUUUGUUAAACAUGAGAAAUUUAAACAAACAGUGAGUGAUGAAAGAGCCAAGGAAGAAAUCCUCGCCUUCUUUGCUAAUCAUGUGCAUGCAUUGAAAAACAUUUUCCAUCGAACAAUCUUCACCACCUACAACAAUGACUUAAAAUAUCAGGGGAUCAACUUCGUUGUGCAGCGUACCAGUAUUAUGACCCCACAGAACCAAAACUGUGGCUCACCAGGAGCAAGCAGCUACUGUAACCCAAACAUUGAUGUCAGCAACUUUCUCAACCUCAACUCUAUGGACCAACAUGACGAGUUCUGUCUGGCUUACAUCUUCACACACCGCGACUUCACUAGAGGCACACUGGGGCUGGCCUGGGUUGGUGCUAGGGAAGUGGCAUCAGGGGGCAUCUGUGAGAGGCACAAGAGCUACCUGGAGAGGGAUGAGACAGUGCCCAAGAGUUUAAACACUGGCAUCGUGACCACGGUCAACUACGGCAAGGCUGUCCCACCCCGUGUCUCACAGCUGACCUUCACACAUGAAGUUGGUCAUAACUUUGGAUCACCACAUGACCAGGGGGAUGAGUGCGCACCAUUUGGCACAGAGCAGACCAACGCAGCAGAUGGCAACUACAUCAUGUUUGCCAGCGCAACCAUGGGAGACCGUCCCAACAAUGACGACUUCAGUAUCUGCUCUAGGGACAACAUCACCAGACUCUUACAUGUUAUCUUUAAUGAGCUCAGUGGGAAAAGGAAUUGUUUCAAGCGUAAGUCAGACAUGUUUGUGUGGAACAAUAGCUUUAGUAUCUGCUCUAGGGACAACAUCACCAGACUCUUACAUGUUAUCUUUAAUGAGCUCACAGUGGGAAAAGGAAUUGUUUCAAGCCUCAGUGGGAAAAGGAAUUGUUUCAAGCGUAAGUCAGACAUGUCUGUGUGGAACAAUAGCUUCAGUAUCUGCUCUAGGGACAACAUCACCAGACUCUUACAUGUUAUCUUUAAUGAGCUCAGUGGGAAAAGGAAUUGUUUCAAGCCUUCUAAGACAGCAUUCUGUGGUAAUGGCAUCAAGGAAGAGGGAGAGCAGUGUGACUGUGGCUACGCUCAGGACUGUGAGGACAUGUGUUGCUAUGGACGUGAGGCAGGUGAUGGCGUCCAGUGCACACUUAAAAGUGGGGCCAAAUGCAGUCCUACAGCAGGCCCAUGUUGUACAUCAACUUGCCAGUUUGUGUCAGCAAGCAGCAGAGUCCAGUGUAAGCCAGCUGACGAAUGCAAGCAAGUUUCUUACUGCAAAUAUCCUUUGUUUCAUCACUCGUGUACCUCCACCCAUGCUGAAUGCCCUGAAGCCAAGAUAGAGGCCAAUGGAACCUCCUGCAAUGAUGAUGCUCAGAUGUGCUCUAAUGGGGAAUGCGUAGACUCUGUGUGUAAAAGAAUCAACUGGAAAGUCUGCUAUCUGACAGCUGAGAAUGGAGAUGAAGGUCCAUCCAGAGAAGCUCUGUGCUAUGUGUCUUGCACCAACCCAGUCACCAACAAGUGUGUCAGCUCGUUUGACCAGGUGGCCAUCAACAAACCAGAGAACGAGGAUUUACGUCAGCUGCUGUUGGACGUCACCAGCAAGAAGUUGGGGAAACCUGCGGAUGAACCCAGGGGAAUUCAGCUGCCUGCUGGUUCUCCGUGUGACAACUACCGAGGCUACUGUGACGUCUUCCACAAAUGUCGGGGUGUGGACGCUGAUGGUCCACUGGCUAGGCUAAAGAACCUCAUCUUUAAUCCUGAAACUUUAGAGAACAUUCAGCAGUGGAUUGUGAAACACUGGUGGGCUGUGUUGUUGAUGGGGAUAGCUCUAGUCAUUGUGAUGGGAGUUUUCAUCAAAAUCUGUGCCGUUCACACGCCCAGCUCCAACCCUCGCAAGCCUAAACACAGACAGCUGACACUGCCUCGCACGCUCCAGCGCAGGCGUCAACAACAGCGCCAGCCACAGCAGCCUGGCCAGUCCUCGUCUGGGCAGAAUCAGGGCAGAAGUGGGGGCAGCGGGCACUCUCGCCGGCCCAUGGCCAGGAGUGUGGAAGAGAGGAAACCAGCGACCAGUGAACAGUUACCUCCCAUAAACCAGGAGCCCCCACCCCCCUACUCCAGCGCUGUGCCAUUAACUAUAGAACUUGCCCCCACCUCGUCCUCCUCCACCCCGCUGCUGAUAGAACCUGUCCGUGCUCCUGACCUCACGGCCAUCCCUUCAGGUGGACCUAAGAGGGGCCACGGGGGAGCCAGGAAAAACAAAGGGGACACAGAGAAGGCAGCCCGCGGGAAGAAGAAAGCUAAAAAUGACAUGGAGCUUAAGAGAUUGUAGCCCAGCGCAGACAAUUGAUCUGGCCACAAGCCAUGGACUGACCAGCUCAAGCCAUGGACUGACCAGCUCAAGCCAUGGACUGACCAGCUCAAGCCAUGGACUGACCAGCUCAAGCCAUGGACUGACCACAUCAAGCCAUGGACUGA